GACCUGCAGUACGCGCGGUAACACUGCGCAAGCUUGAAGGGGACCAGCUCGCUUCGCCUGCGGUGGCUGCAGAGCGCUUGAGGGCGCGUCUGGAGGCAUUCGAGGCGAGUCGCCUGGAGGCCGACCCUCUCAUGACCGCGGAACGGAGAAAGGCUCUUGAGGCCACAUGGCCACGAGAUUCAUCACUCGAGAGGGUCACCGUGUCCCUUGACAAGGCUUACGACCUCCUCUUCACAGAAUCGGAGAAGCGAGAGUACAGCAGAAGCGACUUCCAAACCGACCUGGCCACGUUUCGCCGCUCCUCCGAUUGCAACGAUUCCCUAAGCCUGGACGAAGCUGUGGACUUCCUCCAAGAGAUGCAGUGA